ACGCGCGUGUGCUGCUGCUCUUGAGCCGCGGGCUGGUGCUUACCGCCAUCCCUCACUCUCCUUCUCCGUUCUCAUAGAGGACGCGCCUUGCCAGCGUGGUCCAAUACCUCUGGCAUCCAUUACGGCAAGAUAGCCAAAGCUAGAGUCUCUGUACGCCUGUAGCCCUGUUAGAAUGUCUUCCACGAACAUCAAGGUCGUCUGUCGUUUUCGACCACCCAAUUCUCUCGAGCUUCGGGAAGGCGGAGAUAUCGUCGUGUCCUUCAGUGAAAACCUUCAGUCGGUGCAAUUGCGAUCAGCGCAGCUGAGCUCUGGUCCGGAGAAGGAUGGCUUCACGUUCGACAGGGUCUUUCCUCCCGGCACCCAGCAACACGAAGUGUUCGAUUACGGUGUCAAGGACAUUGUCAAGGAUGUUUUGGAUGGUUACAAUGGCACCGUGUUUGCAUACGGUCAGACGGGUAGUGGAAAGACGUUUACCAUGAUGGGUGCGGACAUCGACUCCCAGGACCUGAAGGGUCUCAUUCCCCGAAUCACGGAGCAAAUCUUCCAAUCCAUCGUCGAGUCCGACUCCCACCUUGAGUAUGUCGUGAAGGUGUCGUACAUGGAGAUCUACCUAGAGAGGAUUCGUGAUCUCCUUGCGCCGCAAAACGACAACCUCCAAAUACACGAGGAGAAGUCAAAGGGUGUUUAUGUCAAGAACCUUACCGACUACUACGUCAGCAGUGCCCGCGAAGUCUACGAGGUCAUGCGACAAGGUGGUGCUGCCCGAGUAGUCUCGUCAACAAACAUGAACGCCGAGAGUUCUCGGUCACAUUCCAUCUUCUUGGUCACCAUUCGCCAAAGGAACACAGAAACAGGUGCUCAGAAGACUGGUAACUUGUACUUGGUCGAUUUGGCUGGUUCGGAGAAGGUGGGAAAGACGGGUGCUUCCGGCCAAACCCUUGAGGAAGCCAAGAAGAUCAACAAGUCGCUCUCGGCUCUCGGUAUGGUCAUCAACGCGCUCACUGACUCGAAGGCGAAGCACGUUCCCUACCGCGACUCUAAACUCACCCGUAUCCUACAAGAGUCGCUCGGUGGUAACUCACGGACGACUCUCAUCAUCAACUGCUCUCCAUCGGCCUACAACGAGGCAGAGACCCUGUCUACCCUUCGUUUCGGUAUCCGUGCUAAGUCCAUCAAGAAUACCGCUCGUGUCAAUGCCGAGCUAUCGCCACUCGAGCUCAAGGCGCUCCUCACGAAGGCCAACGCUGCCAACAGUUCUUACCAGAAGUACAUCGCUGCUCUCGAGGCCGAGCUCGCCAUCUGGCGCGCAGGAGGUACCGUCGCGCAGGCAGACUGGGCCUCAUCCGAGAAGGCGGAUGCCACCGCCGCUCCGCCGAAGAAGACUCCGACGUCGCCGACGCCGUCAUCGGCACGCAGCAUGACGCCAGUGAACCCAGCUAUCGAGGGGCUGCGCGAACUGGAUAGUAGGCCACAGACGCCGACCGUCGUUGGUCUGGACAAGGACGAGCGUGAAGAGUUCUUGAAGCGGGAGAACGAGCUCAGUGACCAGCUCGCCGAGAAGGAGUUUGCUCUCAUUGCGGCUCAGAAGCUCGUUGGGGAGCUCAAGGAGGAGCUUACGUUCCUCAAGGAGCAGGAGGCUUCUCUGUCGAAGGAGAACAAGACGAUGUCCGGACAGCUCAACGAGUUCCGUCUGCAAGUGGAGCGCCUCGACUACGACAAUAAGGAGAGCGUCAUCACUAUUGACAUUCUCAAAGAGCAGAACCAGGACACGAAAGCGGAGCUGGAUGAGCUCAAGAAGACCAUCCUGGAGCUCAAGGCUUCGCAGAAGGAUGCUUCUGCAGAAGACAGAGAGAAGCGCAAGCAGGAGAAGAUGGCCCUGAUGAUGGCAAAGUUUGACACUCAAGGAACGUUCUCCGAGAAGGACGAGCAGCUCCGUCAGAUUCUGGCGAAGCUCGACACUAUUGACUCCGACACUGGCUUGUCCGCUUUGUCGUACGAUGACAUCGUCACCGUCAGGCGGCAGCUGGCGGACGGACAGUCGCUCAUUCGUGAGACGAUCGACCGCCUCAGGCAGAGCCAGGAGGAGAAUGAAAUGAACUCGCGUAGGCGUGAUGAGCUCGAGGCUCGUAUCUCUGCUCUUGAGGCGGAGUACGAAGAACUUCUCGAAAAGACAAUUCACGAUGAGGAGGUCAGCAACGUCGAUGUGGCGGAGUCCAUGUCCGAGCUCAAGAACAAGCUUGAGGCUCAAUACGUCGCCAAGCGCGAUGCGCACGCCAGCGAAGUCCAAGACCUCAGGCAACAGCUCGAGAUCCGCACCAGCGAAGUUCGCACUCUCAAUGCUACUAUCGACAGCCUCAAGAGUGUCAACGAAGAGCUCAAGCGUGCCUUCGCUGUUACAUCUGCGGGCAUCGAAGGUGGCAAGAACCUCGCUGAGAGCGCUCAGGAUCUCGAACGCACAAGAAAGGCAAUCAGCGUCCAACUGGCCGAAUUCGACGGUGUCAAGAAGUCGCUCAUGAGAGAUUUGCAGAAUCGCUGCGAGAAGGUGGUUGAGCUGGAGAUCCAGCUUGAUGAGAUCAAGGAGCAAUACAACAAUGUCAUCCGCAACAGCAAUAGCAAAGCGCAGCAGAAGAAGAUGGCGUUCCUGGAGAGGAACCUCGAGCAGUUGACCGUGGUUCAGAAGCAGCUUGUCGACCAGAACUCCGCGCUCAAGAAGGAGGCGGGGAUCGCGGAGCGCAAGCUUCUUGCCCGAAACGAGCGGAUACAGAAUCUUGAAGCGCUUCUCCAGGACGCAGAUCGCAGGCUCGCGGUUCAGAACCAGAAGUUCGAGGCUCAAUUAGCGGCAGUGAAGGAGAGGCUCGAUCAAGCGCGCGCCCAGAAGGCCACCUCGUCUACGCUCAGUUUCGGUCGUAUCGCGAAGCCUUUGCGGGGUGGCGGAGGCUCCGCCGCCGCCAGUGCAGCCAUUGCAAGCGCAAGUCCGCCGUUGGCCGGGGCCAACGCCAAUCCCUUGGCAAGGCUGCAGAACGAGGAGUCAGGUACCGGAGCCAAGCGGGCAUCGUGGUUCUUCAACUCACGGUGAUUCGUGUGCCUUUUACUGACUGCUUUCCAUUCCUUUAUGUUACCGCAUACCCAUCAUACAGAGUGGUUGUACGUUUUGCAUCGCAUCUAUCGUCUGUUAGUAAUGCAUCUGGAUUUGACAACCGGCCCGCGGAGAGCGCAAACUCUAUUCUCUCGCCAAAAUUUUCAUUUCAUUUUCCACCCUGAGGCUGGUCGAAAUGACGCGCCUGAGCC